UACAUGCACGUUGCAGAGAGCGACGGUGACGUUGGGUCGUGUGUCAUCUCGGGGCAACUCUCGCCCUUUGCAGUCGUUUGUUGUACGAUGGUGGGAAUCGCUUCUAUUAUUUACUUUCCAAAUUUCUCUGUUUGCCAACGGUAUUUUACACUCUAUUAUGUCUACCCGGAGCAGCAAGGAGCUUCACAAUGAUAUUAGUACGAUUGAUGGAUGUAAUACUGAGAAGAACAUAAAAGCCACUGACGCCAUGACAGUUUCCAACUCACCUCUCCUCACAGCAACAAAAUUAAAGUUGAUCUCAAAUGAAGACACUCUCAGUAGAGAAUCAGCUAUAGCAUCAUAUUCUCCAUCAGAAACCAGUGAUUAUAAUGGCCUGUCCCAGUCUGAAGCAGCCAGUAUUACCAGUAGUAGUUCAUUCCUGGCCCCUAAACUCAAGGUCACAGAUGAAGACAACCACAGCCUAGCAGACCCUACUAAUGCAGCAUCCAACAGCUCACUGUUUUCAUUAUCAGAUAACAGUGAAUACAAUGUGGGUGCCUCUGUCCUUCAACUACCCCCAGGCCACAAGCGAACAAGUUCUAAUGUAUCUACUAGAUCUCUUCUGUGUGAUGAUGAUGAUGAUGAUAUAAUUGUUUUCCAAGAAGAAGCCAAUAAAAAAUUAUUUUGUCGCUUAUGUGAUCGAGUUUUCAAAGAUCCAGUGAUUGUAUCCUGUGGGCAUACAUACUGUCGCAGAUGUGUAAAUAACCACAGUGAUGACACAUGUCCAGUGGAUAACCAGAAAUUAAUGAUUGUUGUUGCCAACAUUGCUGUCUCUGAACAGAUAGGGGAGCUCCAAAUUCACUGUAAAUACGGCUGUAAACCCAGUGAAGAUGGAUCGCCACAUGUUGUAGACACAACGAAAUGUCCAGUAAUUGUCAAGUUGAGCAAUCGACGUGUUCAUGAAGAUGAAUGUGACUUUGUCCCGGUAGAAUGUCCCAACAAUGUUGGAUGUCCAUCACUACUUAAAAAGGAUUUGGAAAGUCAUCUGCGAAUAUGUAACAAUGUAAUGUGUCCUCAUCAAAAAUAUGGCUGUGAUUUUAUUGGAACCCAAGAUGAUCUUGUAAUCCAUUUACGAACCUGUAAAUUAGAAGGAAUGAAAGAUUUUCUGCAGCGAACAGAUGAAAAAAUUGCUGAACUUCAGUUCUCCUUGAACAGUAAGGAGCAUGAAAUUAGUUUCUUGCGAUCAAUGUUGGGGAAACUGUCAGAACGGGUUGAAACAUUGGAGAAGACAGUUGACAUGAGAGUAGAUCUCUUGGAACACAAACAGAACUGUAUUAUGACUGAAGUAAUUGAUAAUCGAAGAGAAAAUGCCCUGGUUGCAGAAGAAAUUUCUAAUAUUAACAAGCGAUUAAAUAUUGGUGUCCAAUUGGCUGGUUAUGAUGAUCCACAACGAAUGUUCAAAUGUCGUGGAACAUUUGUUGGGCAUCAGGGUCCUGUAUGGUGUCUGUGUGUUUUUGGUGAUUACUUGUAUAGUGGAUCUUCAGACAAAACAAUCAAGGUGUGGGACACCAGUACUAGCUAUAAAUGUACAAAAACACUUGAGGGACACACAGGUAUUGUUCUUGCUCUGUGUGUUUAUGGAAACAAACUCUACAGUGGGUCACAUGACUGUAACAUCAUUGUCUGGAGUAUUGAUACAUUAGAAAUGCUAAAAGCUAUUGAAUCCCAUGAUAAUCCUGUUUGUACACUGGCUUCAGCACGAAACAAGCUCUUCAGUGGAUCUCUCAAAGUUAUACGAGUCUGGGAUGCCCAAACACAUGAACUGAAGAAAGAAAUAACAGGUUUAAACCAUUGGGUUCGUGCCCUGGUGUCCACUAACAACCAUUUGUACAGUGGAUCUUAUCAGACAAUUAAGAUGUGGGACCUUGAAACACUGGAAUGUAUUCGAAUGCUUGAAACUUCUGGUGGAAGUGUGUACAGUAUAGCAGUGACAGACCACCAUAUUUUAUGUGGUACUUAUGAAAACUGUAUUCAUGUGUGGGAAUUAGGGACCUACAACCAGGUCACUACUCUUAUGGGACACUCAGGCACUGUAUAUGCAUUGGCAGUCUUACACACUAACCCCGGUACAAAAGUUUUCAGUGCAUCCUAUGAUCGUUCAUUACGGGUGUGGAGCAUGGACAAUAUGAUAUGUACCCAAACAUUAAUGAGACAUCAAGGGAGUGUUGCUUGUUUAGCUGUGUCUAGAGGUCGAUUAUUUUCAGGAGCUGUAGAUAGCACUGUAAAGGUUUGGCAAUAAAAAUGACCAUCAGAUGCUGAACUUGUAGAUGCCUUUAUCUGUUUGACCCCACCACGAGCAGAAACUGUCCUUGGACUAAGCUGAUGAUCAGCCAGUUACAGCAAGUCUUCUCACUACCACCUUCUUCACCACCACCAUCUUUCACUUACACACACACACACACUCGUUGAUAAAUGAAUCUCUCUCCCACUUUUUUCUUCACUUAUCCCUCUUUAUCUAUUUUCCUUUUCCUCCAUUUAUAUCCUUGUCUCUCUCUCUCUCUCUCUCUCUCUUUCAUAAUUCCUUUUCUCCUUUUUUCUAAUGCAUAUUCUGUUCUCUUUAACCACUCCCAUCUUAUCAUUUGCUCUUUUACCAUAUUUGUUUUCUCCUCAUUCAUCUCUCCCUCUCUCUCUCUUUUUUUUUUCUUCUUUUCUUCAAUUUAUUUCCACUUGUUUCUCUUCUAACCUUACAAAAGUAGGGUUAGAAGAGAAACUCACUAACAAGUAGUCCACUCUAAAGUAAUGGUCGUUAUAUCCUAAUUAGUGCUUCUCUUUAACAUCCACUCAUAUCACAAGUCUAUGAUAUUGACCAUUUCACACACUUACACACAGCCAAAACAAUACUUCUUCCCUACUCUAUUGCGUAUCCUGUCAAAAGAUUAUAUAAUGUCAAAUUUCUAGAACACCAAGAUUAUACCAGCUAAAUAGGAUA